UUUUUAUUAUUUUUAAAUUCAUUUUGUUUACUUAUUUUUCUUGAUGCACAUUGGAUCAAAUGCAUAUUAUGCUCGUUUACUAAAGAGUCCAAUCCACGUUGUUAUGCGACCAAUCUUUGUUCAACUGUGUUAACCAUUUAAAGAUCUUGCCUUUAUGGCUGGAUCGUAAUUCGAGACAAUUUUAUAUUGCGGUUGAACAAAAUGAAUGGUCAUUUUUCAUUGAUAAGUAAACACCAAAAUUAACAAUCAAUUUAUUUUCAGCACAUUUGUUGCAGAAAAUGAGCUUUUUCUACCUCGAUUGAAUCGAAGUAUUUUUUUAAUUAUUAUUAAAUUUUUUAAUUAAAUAGCUAUCUAUGGACGUGGUCAAGGAUCUACAAAGAAAAUUGCAGAAACUACUUGUGCAUUAUCAAUUGUUCGUCAACUAUUUCAUAUUGUUGGCAGAAAUCAAAGUUCAUGUUGAUCCAGGAUUGGUUGCUCGUAUCGAAAAAUAUUUAGGCGAUGUUGGAGUAGAACCCGUUGUUGAUGGAUUAGAACAAACAACUCCAGAUGCUCCAAAAUCGUUGUUAGUCGAUAAAAAAUUGGAUGAAUUUCCUCCAUCAGAAGAUAACUACUCUAAUGCAAGCAUUAUGUGGGCACCUCCCUGUCAAAAUUGGAAUCCUUGGAAAGCUUCAAACAUUGAUAAUCAACCAAUUGCUUUUUGGUCAAUGGAACGUAUUAGUGAUGAUUUAAUGAUGAGAGAAAAGGCUAAACAAGUCCCUCAACAAUUAGUUCAGGCGCGGCAGAGGCUUCCAGUCUUUAAUCAUCGUGAACAAAUAAUUCGUGCAGUAAAUGAGCAUCCAGUUGUUUUGAUUAAAGGAUCGACUGGUUGUGGAAAGUCAACUCAGAUUUGCCAAUAUCUACUUGAGAGUCAUUUACUCGAUAAAAGAGGAGCUAAUUUCAAUUGUUAUGUAACUCAACCUCGUAGAAUUUCUGCUAUUACAUUGGCUGAACGUGUUGCAAAUGAACGAUGUGAACAAUUGGGUGAAUCUAUUGGUUAUUCUGUUCGUUUUGAGGGAAUAACACCAAGACAAUAUGGUGCAAUAAUGUUUGUUACUGUUGGUGUACUUAUGAGAAAAAUGGAAAUGGGUUUAAGAGGAAUUUCUCAUGUUAUAGUCGAUGAAAUUCAUGAACGUGAUAUUAAUACGGAUUUUUUAUUGAUUGUUGUUAGAGACAUGCUUCGUGCAAAUCCAAAGCUUCGUGUUUUGUUAAUGUCUGCAACAAUUGAUACAUCACUUUUUACCAACUAUUUUGGACGUUGUCCAAUUAUUGAAAUUGAACAAAGAGUUCAUCCAGUUCGUGGAUUCUUUCUUGAAGAUGUUAUUUCAAUGUUAAAAUAUAUGCCACAACUUCCUGAACCUGAUAAAAAGAAGAAAAAGAAGAGAUCUGGAAAGCCGGAACCUUCAACUUCAAAUGCUGAUGUUGAUGAAGAAUGUGAUGAAAUGUCAAUGAGUGUAACAGAUAAUUUACUUGUUUGUACUGAUGAUUAUCCACCUGAAACUAAACAAGCGCUUGGUAGAAUUACUGAAAGAGAAAUUCCAAUCGAAUUAAUAGAGCAAUUGCUUUCUGAUAUUGAUCAAAAUGGAAAGCCUGGAUCUGUUUUAAUUUUCCUUCCUGGUUGGCAAAUGAUUUCCCUGCUUUGGAAUCGUUUAAUGCUCCAUAGAAUUUUUAGCAAUUCACGUCGUUUUGUUAUUCUUCCACUACAUUCACAACUUUCUGCUAGAGAACAGCAUCGUGUAUUUGAACCAGUUGGUAUUGAACAACGAAAAAUUAUUCUUUCUACAAAUAUUGCGGAAACAUCUGUUACAAUUGAUGAUGUUGUUUAUGUUAUUGAUUCUUGCCGUGUUCGUGAAAAAAUGUAUUCAUCGAGAAACAAUAUGGUUCAUUUUGCAAAUGUUUGGGCUUCUCGAACUAAUUUGAUUCAAAGACGUGGAAGAGCAGGACGUGUGCAAGAAGGCUUUUGCUUCCAUUUGGUUACUCGUGCUCGUUUUGAUGCCUUAGAAGAUCAUAGAACUGCUGAAAUGUUACGAACUCCUCUUCAUGAAAUAACUUUAACAAUUAAACUUUUACAUCUUGGUUCAGUUGGCGAAUUUUUGGAAAAAGCUGUCCAACCACCUCCGAUUGAUGCUGUUGUUUUACUUCGUGAAAUGAAUGCAUUAGAUAAGGAUUUGGAAUUAACGGAUCUUGGACGUAUUCUUGCUCGUUUACCAAUUGAACCAAAGCUUGGAAAAAUGGUUUUGUUAGGUGCUGCUAUGGGUGUUGGUAAUUUAAUGUUGACUUCAGCUGCUGCCACAAGUUUUAACACUCCUUUUGUUCCAAAAGAACGAAUGCACACGAAAUUGGCACACAGUCAUCGUUCUUUUUCUGGUAAUCGCCCAUCAGAUCACAUUGGACUUGUUAAUGUUAAUCAACAAUUUUCUGAACAAUUUGAUAUCGAUGUUUCGUCUGCAGAAGAUUUAUGCCGUCGUUUUUCCUUGAGUUAUCCUUUACUUUGUAUGACUCGUGAAGCAAAACGCCAACUUUAUGAUGUUCUCGUUAAUCAUUCUGGAUUUCCUGAAUCAGUUUUCAGUUCUUAUUCAAUCGAUGUACGUGGACCAGAUUCAAAUUUGGAUGUUUUUCUUUCAAUGUUGGUUGCUGCAUAUUAUCCAAAUGUUUGUUAUUUGAGAGAUCGACGCCGUGUUUACACUUUAGAGCAAGCAGUUGCACUUCUCAGCAAUAUGUCCGUUUGUGUGCCGUUCAAUCGUGGAGAGCAAGCGAAUUUUGCAUCACCACUUUUUAUGUUUAGCGAAAAGGUAAAACAAACUAGUGAAAAUUGUGAAAUACCCCGUCAAUCAUUUGUCGACGAAUUUGCUGCACUUUCAUUACAAUUCCAGCUAAGAACAAAUUGUAUUUCUUGCAAACAAGUAUCAAUGAUUUCUCCGUUGCAAUUAUUGCUUUUUGGCUCUAGAAAGGUCGAAGCGAUUGGUGCUGAUAAAGUUCGAUUGGACAAUAUGAUUCCUUUAAAUUUAUCAGCAAAAAUGGCUGCAAAAAUUGUUGCACUACGUCCUUGUAUAGAAGCGUUAGUAGUUCGUUCCUGCAUGCAUCCUGAGCAACUUUCUGAUCAACCUAAACAAGAUAAAAUCCUUACUGCCUUAAUUCGUGAACUUUCUUCUGAUAGAGCUUGGAUUCCAAGUGGUGAGGAAGGACUUGAACCUGUCGAACAAUCUUCCUCAUCAAAGGCAAAUGCACAUCAAUUUAAUGUGAAUGAACAAAGAUCUUAUGCUACUCCACUAAACCAAACAUUGAAUUUAUCAUCUUCUGCUCCUGUUCCUCUUCGUUCAUUAAAACGCCCUUAUGGAUCUCCGCCAUCUAUUGUUGACGUGUAUGGCAAUCAACCAUCACCUUUGACACGUUUUUUUUAUUGUUUGUUAAUGUUUAACCUGGUUUUUUCAGAGCCUAAUAGUCUUGGACAAGAGGCGGUUGCGGCUGCUACUGGAUUGGCAUCAUCAGCAGAUUUCGGUGGUCGAAGAACACCAUAUACGGCAAAUGCUCCUUCUGGUGGGGAUUACAGCUCAAUGGCCGGCUACGGGUGCGACUAUGGGCCAAGUCCCUAUUAUGGAAACCCUCAAAAUCAACAAAAUCAGUUGCCACAAGGAUUACAACAAUUCAAUGGUAUGAACGGGAGAGGAAUGAGAGGAUUUGGUGUUCGAGGAAGAGGACAUGGUGGGGGUGGUGGUGGUCGACGUCAUGGGGGCUUUCGAAGAAGGCGAGGCAAUUGA